ACCAGCUGAUCAUCACCACGCGCGAAUUGGAUCGAUUUUUCGUAUGUUACACAAGUUUUGAAAUCAUAUUGUACGCGCCGCUUUAACAUACAUAUAGUAUAUAUAUUAUAUAUAUAUUGCAUCAUUUGUAUAUACUCACCAAAGCGAUUUUUAAGAAGAAUAAGUUCCGAGCCAAACAGCGGCCCACCAAGGACGUUCAGAAAAAUAUCCGUCGGUUCUCAUCGGACUCACGUCCGAGUAACCUCCCCUAGGUCGUAUCCGGUUGCACGCGUUUUGAUUGUGAAACGCUCGCGCUGGCGGCGGCGGUCUGGUUUUCUGCCACGAUCGUGGUCGCGACCUCCGAUGUCCAAGACCUUCGUGAAAUUGAACAGAAAAAAACACACACACGCGUGCGCACGCUUGUUACAUCUCUUCUGUGCGUGGUUUUUAAAUUUUUUUUUAUCGUAUUUUUUCGAGUAGGGGUUCCCAGACGACCAGAUAAUAGUGGGAGUUUGCUCGGUCCGGUGAGUCGUUAAUUCCCGCUGGCCUACUGCCGUUAACAUUGUUAUUAAUCAUACGCACGUUUAUGAUAUGAUAUGUUCUCUACGCGCCAUCCACAACGGUUAUUGAUGUACCUAAUACAAAUUAUAAUAUAUUAUCAGUUAUCACCUAAAAUAUAACAACGGAUCGUGUAAUAUUAUUAUACAUUUUCUAUAAUAUAACCGUCCUGUCUUCGAUCGAGAUUUCGGCGGACAGUAUUCACCGCAGUGCGCGUAUCAGCAUCGGGUCACAUUCAAAACGGUACCUUACAUUAUUGUAAUUAUUAUUAUUAUUAUUAUUAUUGUAUAAUAUAGAUAUCUCUUGUGCGCCGAUGAUCUAUAAUCCCGAGUUAUAUAAUAUCGAUCGAUAUCGAUCGCUAUCAUCGUCGCCGCCGCAUAUCGUCGUAGUACCCUGCGAAUCCUGUCUCAGUCGGUGAGGACGGGGUGCAGCUGAUUACGUCGAACGACCGACGGAAAAAAACAGACAGGCAGAUUUACGGAGACUUGAACGCACGUGAGUCGUCACCAUGAAGAACCUGUUCAGCAUGAUGGGUUGGUCGUACGCGUCUUCCAAAGGCGACGGCCGGCGAUCCAGCUACAACGACGGCCGGAGGACCAGCUACAGCGCCGGCCGGAGGACUAGCUACAGCGCCGUGCCCGCCGACCACAGGAGGCGUUCGUCGGCGGCCCGGCGUCAGAGUUAUGGGGCCAACAGACGAAAGAGCUUGGACCCGGCUGCGGUGCUUGGCCGGCACCUGUUCGACGGCCGCCUCACCGAUCCUCGGACCAGACUUACGUGUCUGAUAUCGUUGAUGCUAAUUGGCUUCUCCGCACUCGUUCUGGGUACGCUAAUCGCCGUGUUCGAUCCAUUUCAAUUAAUACUCAAAUGGAAACUCGUAAUGGUCGAAGGUGACGAGACGUUCGAGAUGUGGAAAACACCAACAGCAGCCGUUUACUUAAAGGUAUACAUAUUCAACAUAACGAACCGUGAAGAUUUCUUGUCUGGGAGAGACGAAAAACUGCGGUUUCAAGAAGUCGGGCCAUAUGUUUACAGGGAAAAUUCGGCACACAAAAACGUAACGUUUAAUUCUAACGAUACGCUGACGAUGACGCCUGUAUUUCCGUUGACAUGGGUGCCGGAACUGAAUGCUGGAAAAGAAGACGACGUGUUGAUAUUACCAAACAUUGCUCUUCUGAGUUUUGCCAGUGUUAUGUCAGAAGCAUCUUUGAUCACCAGGAUGGGUGUCAAUCUACUUAUUCGCCAAACAAAAUCCAAACCAUUUAUCAGACAAACGGCUAAGGAGUUCAUGUUUGGUUACGAAAGUCCAUUAGUGACUAUAGGCAACAAGUUCUUGCCAUCCUGGAUCGCGUUUGACAAGCUGGGCCUUAUAGACAGAAUGUACGACUUCACCGGUGACAGUGCGACGAUUUACACAGGCACAGGUGACGUUUCCAAGUCCGGGACCAUAGAGAACUACAAUAAUAGACCAUAUCUGCCGCAAUGGCCAGCGGCCCCUUGCAACAAAGUUUCGGGUGCUUCGGAUGGUACUAAGUUUCCAUCAGUAUCAGACGACGGCACACAAAUGAUGUUCUUCAGGAAGUCUCUCUGCAGGGCAAUUCCGAUGGUAAAAAAUAGCGAACUGUUUUUGCACGACGGCUUGCAAGUGAAUAAGUAUAUUUUCGAAAAUGGAUCAUUGGACAACGGUGCCGACAACCCGGCCAAUAAGUGUUUUUGCCGUAAAAACAAAUGUUUGAAACCGGGACUGAUCGAUGUCACCGACUGUUAUUAUGGUUUUCCCAUCGCAUUGUCUUACCCUCACUUUUACAAGUCCGACCAAUCGAUAUUAGACGCCAUUGAAGGAAUGAAUCCUGAUCAAAAACAGCACGAAACCUAUUUUCUCAUCAACCCGGAAACGGGUAUGCCCACACAAUUGUACGUCAGAAUGCAAAUUAACAUAGCUCUAGGUGACAUAUCGGACAUGGCAAAUACGGAACAUUGUAGCAACUUGGUUAUACCAUUAGUUUGGACUGAGAUUGGAUUCGAAAAGUUGCCCGACGACAUGCUGAACAAGUUCUUCCUGUACCUUCGGGUCGGGCCGGUCAUGCUCAUCGGGCUCAAGUACGCGCUGCUGGUCGGCGGCGUUGCGUUCGUCGCGCUCACCGUGUUCGCGUCCCUGUUCAUACCCGUCGACGACGAACUGAGGUACCGUAACUCGUCGGCGUGGCGCCGCGAGAGCCAGACGCUGACCACGCGGGACACGACGCCGACGAUACGCAUGCCGAUACCCGCGGCCGUCGUGGCCGGCAAGGAGAUGAACACGUACUACAACUCGCUGCUUGACGGGGACGGCGCGGCCGCGGCCCGGCUCAACGACGACCUCUGCGACAGGCUGGACGUGGUGCACGAGGUGAGGUCGCUCAGGAGCAGUUGCACCGGAUCGGAGGACGACGACGACGACGCCGACGAAAACGACCGAAUCGUCUGACCGACCGGACGACGGGACGCGAAAAAUAUUGUUAUUUAUAAUACGACCCGAUGACGCAACAGCAUUUUGUCGCCUCGACAUAAUAUAUAAUAAUAUUAUUAUAUUUACAUUUAUUAUAUCAUAAUGUUAUUAACAUCAUCGAGCUGUACGAUAUACAUAUAUAUAUAUAUAUAUGUAUAUAUAUUUAUUUAUAUUAUGUACCUGUGCAUAUUAUGUAUUUGUGUAAUGUGUAUGUAACAUUUAAUCUCAAAGCCAUUCGAAGAGAAAAAUCAAAAAAAUUCGAUUUAACUUUUGUUCAAUCACGUUUCGACGAUUGCCCAUUCCUCGUUUUUUAAACCGUAAUAAUAUUAUAUAUUAUUAUAUAUAUGUACGUCAUGUUUAUUCAUAAAUGUAUAAUACAAUAUAAUAUGGUAAUAUAUUACUAUAUAAUAUUAUAUCGAUGCAAAAAUGUGAUAACCUAGACCUAAGUUAUUAAAAUGUUAUUUUUAUAUUAUAUUUUAUUAAUUAUAUAUAAUAUUAUACACUGUUUACGCACUUUUCGGUGUCGGCCCCUAUGCGAUCGGUAUAAUAUAGGUAUUAUAAUUUAUAACGAGUACGCGUGUUUGUGGUCGAUCGUAAAUUUCUUUGAAUCACCCGGAUAAAAAAUUAUACGACCGUUGUUUUUUUUUUUUUUAUCACUCCGUUGCGCCUACAAGCCCAAAUAAAGCGUCUUUCGGAAAUCCUAUCGAUAUAUAUAUAUAUAUAUUUAGGCAGUGGCCAUCAACUUACAUAAUAUUAACGUGGAAAUCGCUAACACCCACCUUAAACUAAUAAUAAUAUUAUACCCAAACAAAAGUAGUUGUACCUAUACCACGGUUUACCGUAAUAAUAUCCAUCGAUUGGCAAUUAUUUUAUCAUCAUUGGAAUCAACCUCAAAUGGCACUACUGAUUUUAUAUUCCAGUAAUACUAAAUUAAUUGACCACAAAUCAUACGAAAAAUAUAUACCUUUCGAUUGCAUUUGCCCAAAAGACCACAAUUAUUUUUAUAUAAUAUUAUAGCGAUAUGAAUAGUAAUAUAUUUGACAUUUGUUUUGUGUACACAAAUAUGGAACAAUGAUAUACAUUAUAAUAUAUUAUUUUACUAUUAUAAUUUUUUUUUUUUUUUUGGCUGAAAAGUUAAGUAAAAAUAUUCUAGUACUAAUUUUAUUUUAACUUUUAGUUUAAUAUUAUAUUAUAGUAUACGUCUAUAUUAUACUGGCCAAGCCAUAUUGAAAUGUAUCUUUAAGGCUGUCAUUAGUACAUAAGUGUUGUAUAUUGGAUUUACUUGUAUUUAUCUGAAAUAAAUAUAAAUGGAGAAAAGUAUUCUUCCAAUUAAAA